AUGGCAAAGGCAAGCAGCUCUGCAGAACCAUUAGAUGAACUCUCCUGUCAGUUUCUGAUAUGCCCUCUGUGCUUUGAACAGUUUGUUUCUCCAAAAGUUUUGCCCUGUCAGCACACAUUUUGUCUGGCAUGUCUGAAAAGUUAUGUUGACUCUAGAGGAUUGGACCACACAAUUCCCUGUCCAAUGUGCAAAGAAAUCGUCAUUGUUCCUGGCAAUGAUGUGUCGAACUUCAAGAACAACUUUUGGAUUGUGAGUUUGCUUCAUUUUGUUGAAGAUUCUAAGACUGUUAAAGGACAGACAAAAUUAAGUGUGUUUGAAACACCUUCCACGUUUGAUACACAGGCUCUCACCUCACAAACUCUAUGUGGUGCUUGCAAUGAACAAAGUAUCCUAGUUAGUUUUUGCGAACCAUGUACCUUGUGGCUCUGUACUAUCUGCACAAAAGCCCAUGGACGACUACCGGCAACUGCCAGCCAUAGUUUGAGGAGUAGUGAAGAAGUGGAUGCACAGUGCAAAGCUAUUGUUGUGGUUGGAGAGAAAGCUAUUGGUGAACUGCAACAAGCUAACAUAGAAAGAGAAGAAUAUUUGUUGGCACACAUUUGCCAGUUGCCAGAGGAUACUGGUCUUCUCAAGAAAAGAAUAGAAUCAGCAGCAGAAGAAGCUUACAAAGUGAUUAAAGAGAAAGCAAAAAGCUUACAACAGAAGAUUGAGCAGUUUCAUCGUGAUCAGAAUGAAGAAUUAUCCAAGAAGCUGGCGGUGGUUGACGAUAGGAAGAAAGAACUGAGUCACCUACAGGAGUUGCUGGAGAAGGUCAAACUCUGCAAUGAUGGCUUUCAGAAUCAAAAUGCUAUCAAAAUGGUGGAGCGUUUUCUUGUCAGUUCAUCACUACAGGACUUCUCAUCACAUGGUGAUAAUACUGUAAAUUUAACAUUUGACGCAUUCGGUAACAACUUGACAGAACUGAAGAACUUGGACAUGGGCCAGCUGUGUGUAGUGUCUGAGAAAAUACAAAAAAGUCAGUACCUGCAUGAUCGGCCACUUGGAGUUCACAAGAUUGCAUCUCUGGUGGAGAGAGAAUACAUCACUGCUUUAGCCAUCAACAAGUUUGCUGACAAGUUUGUGGUAACCAGUAAUCAGAAUGUGCUGGUGUUUAAGCCCCACUCUCGGAUUCCUAAAGCAUUCCUCUCACCUCUGGCCGAGAGGAGCAUCAACAAACCUUGGGGCAUUGCUUACUGUGAGGAUGAGCGUUGCAUUUACGUCACUGAAGCAGGAAGGCAUGAGGGCGAUGGAGCUGUGCUUGCAUACACAUAUGAUGGAUCAUUUCUGUCAGUUAUUGCCUCAGGAUUGACACUACCUCGAGGGAUUGCACUACACAAGGGUUACAUCUUUGUGUGCGAUCAAAUCGACAGGUGCGUCUACAUAUUUAACACCCGGGGAAAAGUCAUCAGGGUCCUCAAGAAAACUCCUGAUGGCAAGUAUCUCUUCAACGGACCCAUGUUUAUCUCUGUUGGGAAAAAUAAUGAGAUAGCUGUGUCUGACAGCUGUACCUCUGUGAAGAUCUUUGACAAAGAGUGUUGUUUGAAAUUCACGUACACAUCUAACAUAGCAGGAUCACAGUUUUGGGAUGUUCACGUGUUGCAGAAUGGAACCGUGAUAGUCUGUGACUGGAAGCAUGGUGUGCAUAAAAUUUCUCCAGAUUUCAGUUCUAAUGGACUGAUCAGCAUUGAGUCGAACUUACUUCGAGAACCUUCAGCUCUGGCUGGGCUAGAAAAUGGAAAUUCUGUCUACAUCGCCACAUGUGGAGGGGAAAUAUUUUCUGUAAUUUAA